AUGGUGAAUUCCAGUAGCAGCGAUUAUGAUUAUAGUUGUUCCUCCAGAUCUUCCGACGAGGAUUUCAAAGCUUUUGCAGCCAAAUCGAGAACUAAGACAAAUCACGCUCAGGGGGAAAAGCCUAACAUUCCCCUUAAUGACCGGAGAGUCACUUAUGCUGAGAUUAUGAAGAGAAAAUCCGAGGAUGAUGAGGCGGACGACCGUCGGCGUAAAAAGGAUCAAACCCGACGCCUAAUACUAGCAGCUAAAGAAAGACGUCGAUUUGCUGAAGGUGUACCUUCCGACUCUGAUGCUUCAGAAGAUGAACCGUUGUGGGUGCCACGGGAUCGCAAGAUUAAGCCAGAUCGUCGUACCAAAGAACUCAGAGAGAUUGCGAAACGAGUCGAGGAUGAGGCGGAAGAGAACUCGGACUCGGACGAUCCUAAUAUCCAUCUAUACUUCAUCAAUGGCCCUGAUAAUGACUCCGACGGAGAAGAGGAUUCUGAGAAGGAUAAUGAUGAUGAAUCUGAUAAAUCCGACAACUCGGAUGAAUCUGAUGAGUAG